AUGGCCGCGCUUCGCACGAUCCCUGUCCUGGACAGCGUGCCGAGCUACGAGGUAUUUCUCAACGAGUACCUGCUGCCGAAUCGCCCGGUACUUUUUCCGGCGGCGCUCGUGCGGGACUGGCCGGCGUAUAAGGACCUGGUCCGCGACGGUGCCGUGGAUUGGGAGGCCCUUUCCGAGCGCUACGGCGACCACAGCGUGCCGGUCGUCAUUGGCGAGGGCGAGGCGGCGAAGCGCGAGGAUAUGGCGCUGCGUGACGCGGUGCAGCGUAUCCAGCACUCGUCCCAGACGGCCUACAUCAAGGACUGGCACUUGGUACGCACGGCACGUACCGACGCGCGCGCACGGCAGGCGGACGAUACGCUUGCGCGCCGCAUGCCAUACCGCACCCCGUUUGUCUUUGCCGAUGACUGGAUGAACAACGUGACGCCGCCGGCCGCGCCGAGCGAUGCGUACGCGUAUACCCCCGACGCGUGGCUCGUGUCCGACCCCCACACCGACCUCACUAAUGACGAUUUCCGCUUCUGCUAUGCCGGCACCGCACAUUCGAGCACGCCGCUGCAUCGCGAUGAUACCUCCUACUCGUGGUCGACCAACAUUGCCGGACGCAAGCGCUGGCGCCUCUUUGCACCCGAAGAUGCGCCCCUCUUACGCCGCUUCCCCGACCAGCGCACGUCCGAAAUCGCCCCGUCGUUCGCCGAGAUGGAGGCGCGGCGUGCCGCCGGGCGCCUAGGGCACUACCGCGACGGGCGCGACGGGUGGCCCGGCUGGGACGACGUGCGCGUGCGCGUCUAUACGGUCGAGCAAGAGCCCGGCCAGACGAUCUUUGUCCCUUCCAACUGGUACCACGAGGUGGAGAACCUGACCGACUGCCUGAGCCUGAACCACAACUGGUGCAACUCGGUGAAUAUCGUGAGCAUGUACAACGCUAUGGAGGACGAGACCGACGACGUCGCUUCCGCCCUCGACGACGUGCGCGACAUGCUGCGCACCUCCAAUCCUACCGACUGGGAGCCCGAGUUUGUGCGCCUCGUCCAAGAUAUUGUCCAGCAGGAUGCGGGGUGGGCCUGGGACGGUUUCUGGCACAUGGUGCUGCACAACGUCCAGCACCCCUCGUGCGCGCUCGGACCGUUUGCUAUGAACCCCUCUGCGUUUUCUCACACUGGAUACUACCGCCCUGAAUCUAUUUUGCCGCAAGGCACAAAGAAUGGGCGCCCGUACUGGGAGUCACUCGUACCUGAUUCGGUGCAGCGGCCGCCGGUGUCGUCGGUCGCCUCGCCCGCCCCGGCUACGCCUUCGUCGCCCUUGCCGGCGAUGCUGGGUGCGAUGCGCUUAGGCAGCAGCGACUCGAUUUCGACCAUGCCGUGGUCGCCCGAGAACCAGCAGUGGUUGUACUUGGACCCCAACGGCAAUGUCCAAGGACCCUUUCCAGCGACCUCCAUGCAGUCGUGGUACGAACAGCAGUACCUCUAUAUGGAUCUGCUGGUGCGCCGCAAAGAAGAUCCCCAGUUCCGUCCGCUGUACUCGGUUGUGCAGGAGACCAGCGACUCGGUGACACCGUUCCUGGUUCCACCGCCGCUCGUGCGCAGCACACCGCACACACCGACCUUGCCGACAGGGCGCAUCUCGGUGCCGCUGAGUACCGCCGCGACGCCCGAGCCCGAGGCACCGGCGUCGCAGCCCAAGCCUGCAUCGCAGCCUGUUGCUACGGCUCCUCCGGAUGCCACUCCGUCGAACCUCUCGCCGGAAGAUUUGGCAACGACACUGCGCGUCAUGAAACAGCUCGAGACCAUGCUGCAAGGCAAUGGGACAUCUGAGGCUCAGAUCACGCAGCUGCUCCAAAAGGCGAUCGUCGCUGCCAUGCCGCAUGCGAAUGCGGCGGGCAUUGACGAGAUGCAGAAUGCCAUGCGCGAGCAGCGUGAGAAUGGGGGCUCGACACAAGAGACUGCCAGCACGCCUGCGCCAGACUCUGCACAGGAUACCCAGCCCCCGCAAGAUACCAAGCCUGCAAAAGAGGCACCCAAGACCGCCAAGGCCCGGCGUGCGGCCAAGGAGGAAGCGGCCAAAGCCGAGGCCAAGGGCCAGCCCAAAGGGGAACCCAAGGGCGAGCCCAAGGACGUGGCGAAAGAGGCGCCUGCCGAGCAGGCGGCGGCACCGGUGCGUGCCAAGCCCGAGGCCAAGUCUGCGCCGUGGGCGUCGCCAGCGCCGCAAAGCACACAGCGUUCACAGACCGCGCCGAGCCUCCGCGAGAUUCUCGAGGGCGAAGAGCGCGAGCGUGCCUCGCGUGUCGCCCAAGAAAAGGCGGUGGCUGCCGCGCGCAUUGCACAGGAGACUACCGCUGCACCUGCAAGCCCCACGCCGCGCGCUGCAUCCGGCGCCGCAUGGAGUAUACCCAACAAGACCCCUGCGGCCAAGUCCCUGUCCCAGAUCCAGCAGGAGGAAAGUGUGAUGGCGCAGCAUGCCAAGGCUGCACAGCCUCCUCGCCCGACGGGCUACAGCAGCUCGGCAGUGCGUGGCGUGGAAACGGUGCGCCACAACGAGCCCUGGACCAAGGUCGGCCCCCAAGGCAAGGCGAUGCCUGUGCCGCCCAAGCCGCAGCCACAGCAACAGCCGCAGCCCAAGGUGCAGAGCCACAAGCCUGCGCCCGCCCCCGUCGUGGCGCCCGCUCCGCCCCCUGUGUCCGCGCCUGCGUCCGACGGCUGGGAGGAAGUGGGCGACGGCUGGGUCACCAAAAAGACCAAGGGCCAAGUGCGCCGCGAUGCGCUUAGCCAGAUGAACGAUAGCAUUCCCCGUCCGACCGGUGCGCCGGCGGGGCUCACUGCGCCGCGACGCAUGGCGCCGUCCGCGACGCCGCUGCCUCCUUCUACCGAGUUCCUGCGGUACUGCCGCAGCCAACUGGGCGAUCUGCGUGCCAACGUCGACGACUUUAUCGACAUGCUCCUCUCCUUCCCUCUGACGCCCUCGCCCGAGACGGAGGAGAUCAUUGCCGAGGCCGUCUACGCAAACAGCAGCACGCUCAACGGCCGUCGCUUCGCCGCCGACUUCCUCGCGCGGCGCAAGCAAGACGCAUUCCGUGCAGUUGCACUGUGA